AUCAUCUUCUACGUCUACAUUUUCUUCAUGUUCUUGGCAGCACGACCACGUACUAACACUAUCUACUUACUUAACAAGAUGAACAUCCACGAUGACGACAGCCUAAUGAUCUUCAGGUAACCUCCCGCCCCCAAUAAUUGUAAAUACGAAAAUUAACAAGAAGAUGAAGAACACCACGGAACAAGACCCUUCUCCAGAGCCAGGAGACGAUCUUUAUUAUAGUAGCUCUACUGCUACAGGAGGAGCCCCAGCAUGGCCCAAAUGGCGAAAGAUAUUCGUCAUUUUUCUUGGAGCUCUAAGUUCGUUUCUCUGCGCGGGAUUGGUCUUCGGCUUCGCCGGACUCUAUCCCCAACUUUUGCGAAGGAGGGUUUUCUAUGGUGACUGUCUUGCGACUGGAGGAGACGGCCAGGGAGGAGGACCUUUGCGGCCUCAAAGUUCACAAGACCUCUUGUUGUUUGGCGACACAACUUCAAGCUUUUUUACAUCCGAAUUCGAUCCCGAUAAGGAAGAUGCGUACUUUCCUUGGCUUAGCAGGCUUACAACGACAUCCGCAUCCACCUCACAGCCAUCACCACUGCCACUUACAACUACAAAAACAUGUGUCCAGCAACAAUUGGAUCUGUCCUUUAUGUUUACGUUGGCGACGACCUUGCUGAACGUCACCGCAUUCUUUUCAGGGAUGCUUUUGGAUUACCUAGGCCCUCGUUGGGCAGCUGCUCUUGCAACGUCAACAAGUGGAAUAGGGAAUUUACUUUUUGGGUUGGCAGGAAGCGGUAUAUUUGGAACAAUGAAAAUGGUGAACUACGAGGAAGGGUUUUCGAUUAUGAACAGAAAUCGUGAAAUCAUGAGUGAGUGUCAAAUAAAUGUUGAUCACCGACGCGUAAAUGAACACAUCAGAGCUGGAAUACCUUCCACCCUACUAUCUCAUUAUUGAGUCAGAAGAUUAUAGGUUAUCCUCGUUCUACUUAUGGAAAAACAGCGUUUUUUUGCGAAGUGUUCCUCGUGAAUUAUCAACAAAUCUUCAUCCUCUUUCUCUUUGUCUUUCAUAUUUGUUGAACCAUCUUCUCCAAGACCUCCACAGCCACAGAAGCGCAACCACGACCACCUCCGAACACCUUGACGCAGUCGCAGUCUCUUCCGGGAAUGCAAUUAUCUCAUAGUUGGUACUACCUGGGAUUCCUAUUGCUGGCAGUGUCUGGUCCUUUGGUGUACAUGUGCACGAUCAGUUUCUCGAACCUGUAUCCACAGCACGGUGGGUUGAUCACCAGUCUCUGCGUUGGUUGCUUCGAUGCUAGUUCCUUCUUACGGGGUCAAUGAAUGUGAAGAACUUUGAUUGAGGUGAACGAAGUAGAAACAAGGGAAGGAAAAUUGGGUCCUCUGAUACUACGGAAGAUAUCAAUCUUCCUCAGAUUCAUAAGGGACGUCGCAGCACCAUGUAGUCUUUGAAGGCCAUUUCCAUUUCCAUUAAGAAGACGUUCUCAAUCAAUGCCUCCAGUACUACUACUAGGAAACUUCAUUGUUCGUCUUCGUCGCUCUAGCAUAUCUGAUGCAGACUGGGGUAGCGUCCUUCGAUAGUGUGUUUGUGGCUUAUUCGCUGGUGGGUUUUUUACUCGCGGUUUUGUGCCUUGUAUUUUACCCAGAGCAGCCCGUCCAAAGGGAUGAAGCAGUAGCACUCGACGUAGAUGAGAGUACUACCAGUGCUACAGGUACUUUUACAACUACAACUGGCGCUCCUGUUCGUACUGACGACAACAAUAACAACUUCUCUCCAACUACAGCAAGAAUUUCAUCGACUAACUCACUGAAAAUCGUUACGGCAGACGAAGAUAGAAGUACUGAGGACGGAGGGAAGAGGCAGAAUGCAGGCAAUCUAUCGACACACGCAGGGGAUAAAAAUGUGAAGGUCGUAGAAAUACACUGUUACCUGCUUAUAUAAAUAUACAACAGAAGUCUACUCUCUAAGUCAGCGACCACCCUUGCGUGAAAAUAAAAUAAGUACGCAAAAUAUGAUAUGUACACGUCGCUUCUUCCAGCUCUUCUAAAACCAAGGACAAUAGCGCGCAGAAACAAGUGAGAAAUGCCGACGUAGUUGUUGAAGACAAUCUCCUCAGCACAUUUGCAGAUGUUGCCAAGUACGAGGACCUUUGUCUCGGAGAGCAGAUUCGCACGCCCGAUUUUCUCCUCUUCGUCUUUUCCGCUAGCUGUUACAUGGUACGUCUCAACUUCUUCAUCGAGUCUGUGCCUUUACAGAUGCAACAAUACAGCGAGUCCCCACACGAAGCGGAAGCCAGAACUCAAUUCUUUUCGUUGUUUUAAGGCUCGGGGGUCGAGGUCGAUCGUGUUUACCUGAUCUCUUUGGUACCGUACAAGAACCUAGAUAUCUACACAACUCCAACAGGGCCAGGGCCGCUUCAACAUUAUCUGCAAGUGCAAAAGUUGUCGAAGUACAACUACUAUUUUCCAAACCACAACUGAGAGAUGAUCAACUGAUCAUGUCAUGAGUCAGUUCUUUCAACAGCGACAGACCCUCUUCUAAUCAUCACUUCCCGCAGCUGGAUUUCUCGCGAUCCCCUUGAUUGGAUUUCUCACAGACGGAUGUGGUCUCAUCACCAGUUGGUUUGCUCUGUGGUCCUUUUUUCUCUGCUUCCAGAUCCUCUUCGAUCUCGGCUUCGCAUGUUCCAGCUUCCUCUUCAUCUGCUUCUCAAGACCUCUAUUCUACACGAUGCUGGCAGUCUUUACAGUUAAGGCAGCGAAGUCCAACGAGAUGAUUUGGAAUCCUUGAAUUAACCCAGAGAAGUUUUCCCAAUACCAACCAAGGAUCAUAUUUAUCUGCUAAGAGAAAAAUUCUGCUACUGCCAAAUAUAGGACCUUUGCUAUCUCGUCGAACCUGCACCAUACCCAUAGUACUGAACAAGAAAAAUCGAUCGAAAAAUUGUACUCCUGAUCUAUUUUUAGAAAUCUUCUUCAGCUUUAGUACAUACUGAGACUCCUGGUGCCCAGCUGCAACAUUUUCAGCUGCUUCCGCUAACCCAUCUCGCCGAUUUGGUUUUGCAACAUUUGGGAAAUUGUAUGGACUCGUCUGCAGCGUCGCAGGGCUCGCGAAUAGCAGUCAGUACCUCCUCAAACUUCUCGUCAACGGCCGAUACAAUGGGGAUUACACUUAAGGAGGGCUAGCGGGGCUUUUUGCUGCGUAAAUUUUUCCGCUUUCUUCUAGAAAUUUCGUUUUUGAUCCUACGGUGGAUGAGGUGAUGGAAGCGGUCCGUGUAGUCGACUGCUGCUGCAUUGAAGCGAUGUGUUCUGUUGUGUCGUCUAGCUUCUUUUGUUGUUGCAUCUCUUUGCCUCUGUUGUUGUUGUUGUUGUUGUGUCUCCUUGCUUCUGACCGCUUCCAUCACCUCCUCCACCGGAUCAUCAAUUACUUAAGUAAUUUUCCCGCUUUCUUCUACUCAACAUCAGCAAGUUCCAAGUCCACCGCAUCUUCUCGUCCACAACAUCAUCGUGAUGGUCUGGUGGAGAAAAAAUGCAAAGGGCGGUGGAGGUCGUGGGUCAUCUAUAACGAAUUACGACUACUAUGGAGGACGGUGAGACUUUAUCUCAACCUCCAGGAUGUAUCUCGAGAUGAUGAAGUAGGUCGCUCUUUCAACUUUUUAUACAUAGUUGCUUCUUCUUCAUCGUGGUCAUUUGAAGUGAAGAAAAUUCCUCUUCUAAGGCAUACCGGUAAAUCACGCCUUGACCAUGGGUCAAUCACUCACCAUCGCUUUGCCACUUUUCCUUCUCUGGGAUCAACGGAGGUCAGUCGGCGCGAGCAGUACAGAGGAAGGACUAUUCACUUAUGAAAAACAAUGAUUCAGUGUGGUUGAUGUGGUUUUUGCGUAAUAGUCGUAACGUGAUCAGCUAGGUAGUAGAGAUGUUGCUUGUUAUUCAUGACUUCAUCUAUAGUCAUGAGAAGUAUCAUCAUGACAUGGUGAUGUUGCUUGAUAUUCAGACAGUCGAUGGUCUCGCUCUCGCUUCCUUCUAGCAAGACCAGUGAAGUUCUACAACUUUUACUUCUACCCGCUAAUCAUUAGGGGCAAAGCGGACUUCAUCCACCUUCGAUAUGCGAGAAAAGGGCCUCGCGUCACCCCUCUUGGAAUUACAACGUCGCACAUCUUCAUCGUCUAUCGCUCGACAUCUAUCAUCUCGACCUUCUAGUGGUCUUCGGGCUUCUUUAUUAAGGCCACUUUUUUAUUGAGGUGCUGCGUUUUUUACGUUUUAAUGACAGUUGUAAUAUCAAAUGAAAUAAAUACAAGUGGGCUGGGCCGGACGGAGCCCGGCCAGCAUUGUCAGCGUUCGGGAGCCCGGCCAAAGUCGAAAGACCCGUCGUAGCGCAAAUAUUCGACACGAGCCUACGUGUAGUGAACAAUCGUAAUAUCACUCUAGUAAAUCUAAUUUCCUCCAUUUCCACGAAUAUGUCUCAAGCAGGGAUAGGGGAACGAUAUGCCGAAGCCUUAGCGGGCACUUUUUACAAUACCCGCACUCCCGGCAGUACUCGACCUUCGCUAGUGAGGGUUACAUGAAGAGGAUGCUGCACAUCUGGGUGGAGUACUCGACGUCCCUCAACAUUGGUGAGCAUGAGGGCCACGAUGUGAAGUCCCGCUAGGCCGUCCUGCGUAGAGCGGGGUGCACUUCAUCCUUGAUGAAAUACAUGUUUUCUCGUUAGCUACAGUCGUCGUCCUUGACGAUGAAUAUUCGAAGCCAUGACCACCUUUUUGCUUACUUACUCUUUUUACCUGUACUAGUCUAUUACUUUUAGAGGUUUGGUAUGCUCCGGCAUGAUGAGAACUCCUAGGUGGUCCUUCAACUUUUUUAUAGUAGUUGCAUCUACAACUACUUCUUCUAGCAAGUCUAGGGGAAGAAAACUUUAAAAAGACGGAGUUGACGUUGAGCGAACCGGCAACUAGAAUUAAGUUUUAGAAGAGAAGGUUCUCCUUGUCCGCGUUCUUUUAGUGUGUCUGUCUUUCAUGCUGAUUUCUAUAUCAAAUUUUCCAGGACUUGUUGUUCCCCGCGAAGAUAUCUACCACCUUGUACCACGUACAACAUCAAUAAAAUAAAAGUUGUACAUCAACAAGAACCAGAGCCUGUCCUUAUUAAUAAGAAGGUACUUAGGA